CGGGAGCAGCGUCCGCUGUCAGCUCCUCGGGUUGAGCGGAGUUAGCUCGACGGCCAGAUAGCGCAGCCCGGAGCGACACGUACAUGGUCGGACUGCUGCUCCGCGUUCAUCCUUCUGAGGGCGUCGCUCCCACAACGUUAGUCAGACGAGGAAGUGAGCGCAGUCAGCGGAGUGCUGCUGUCAGCACCUCGGCGGUGAAGUUGACGACGAGAGGACCGGAAUCGGAGCUAACGUUGGUUAGCGGGCUAACGUUAGCUUGCCAGCGCAAUGGCCUGCAGGUGUAUCCUAGAUGAUGUAAGGCACCUUUGCCUGUAGAGACCAAGAUGACUGAAGUCCAGGCCACGGUGGAGUUCUCUGUGGAGCUCCACAAGUUCUACAAUGUGGACCUGUUCCAAAGAGGGUUCUACCAGAUUCGUGCCAGUCUGAAGGUGCCACCCCGGGUCCCACACAAAGUUGAGACCAGUCUACUUCACCCGGGAGGCUCUGAUCUGGCGUUUCCUGCCUCAGUCCAAGAUGAUGCUAUCUGCAGCAAAACUUUCCAAAUCCUCUACAAGAAUGAAGAGGUUGUGGUCAACGAUGUUCUCAUCUUCAAAGUCAUGAUGCUGCUAGAUGAGAGGAAGGUAGAAGAGUCUCUCAAUGACAUGGAUUUCCAGCUCUUCUUGGAUUUGUAUUUUACAGAUGGUGAUUAUACGCCGGAUGAUCCGAGCUCUUUGCAGAAUAUCAGUGGCCGCACACUUCGUUUGCACUUUAGCCUUCAGCGAGGCAUCCACCAACACAUCAAUGUCAUGUUUGACUACUUCCACCUGUCUGUCAUCUCUAUAGCCAUCCAUGCCUCCCUAGUGGCUCUUCAUCAACCCCUUAUCAGCUUACCUCGACCAGUGAAAACCACAUGGCUUAACCGCAACGCUCCAGCACAAAGCAAGGACUCGGUCAUCCCACCUCUGGAGAAUGUAGUGUUCGGCAGCAGUUAUGUCAAGCAAGUAUGCACAGAUGGCCGGACAUUCCUAGUAACUGACCACUGUCUGCAACAUGCCUUCAGUCUGCACCAAAGCCUUUGCUCCAGUCUGCUGCUCGCCUACCAGGGCCUCUUCGGCUAUUUCACUUCUAUUACCAAGGACCUGCCCUCCUCCCAUCGCAUGGAACUAGCCAAGCCCAGCAUGCAAGUCCUAUAUGAGCGAGUACUCAGAAGACCCUAUCCCCGAAGUCAAAGGCACGUCUACAUAGAGCAACUCGACUUAGAGGCCCGUCUAGCUGAUUUGAGUGAACAAGUUAAGCAGAAAGCUGAAUCCCCUGAUGAGCUGGCAGAACAGGUAAAUAUGAACCUGGCUCAGCUCUGCUCUCUGCUCAUGGCUCUUUGGGGACAGUUCCUCGAGGUGGUGUCCCUGCAGGAGCACGUCGCAGCCCUUCUUGCCGUGGAGCACCAUACACUCCGAGUGAGGAGGUUUGCUGAGGCUUUCUUUUGUCUCGAACAUCCGAGGCAAUCUGCUCUGGCGUAUCAGGAACUACAUGCACACAGUCACCAGCAGAUGACUAAUGCUAUCAAAAGCUCCAGCUACUUCUUGUUGUUGCCUCCACUUCCAGUGGAAUGUGCAGACCUGGAUGGUGAUGUCAGCUCUCUGCCAAUCAUCUUUGAGGAUCGAUACCUGGAUUCUAUCACUGAAGAUCGUGAUGGACCCUGGCUGGGCAUGCAUAAUACAAGGACUGGUUCAACGUCCAGUAAAACAGAAAAGCCCAACUCCAAGGACUGCAGUGCAGCAGCCAGCACCAUACCCGAGUCUCUGUGUGCCUCUUUGGACAACGCCUGGCCAGACAACUACGAUCCGCUGCCUAAGUCCAAAGGCAAGUCAGUCAAACUAAAGAAAAAUUCAAAGACUGAUAACUCUAAGAAAUUGAUCAGACAGGGUUCCAAGGACUCCGUAGUUUUGGUGGGAUAUAAGAAUCUCAAAGCUCCUUUCGGUGACCCCAAAGCCAAGUACAAGGAAGGGGAAGCUCCCCUAAACCAAGAUGAGGAACGGGAUUCCUCGCAGGGGGACUCAAGUAGUUAUUUAAGGACUAAUGCCAGUUCUACUUUUGACUCUGGCGCCACAGGACCACACUCUGGAAUCGGUCUCCUUGAUUCUGUUGCAGAUGACAAUAUAACCACUGCUGCUUGUCAAAAAGGUUUCUUCAAAAAUUCUGCAAGCUUGGAUUCACAGAAUAAUCCUCAGGCGGGUACUGGGGUUAGUACUAUAUGCAACCAACCACUUCACAAAGAUGAGCAAGCUUGCUGCGGUGGCCAACAGUGGUCCGGUGGUCUGAAACGGAUUGAGGUGAAACCAAGUAACAAGGACCCCUACCAAGGGGAUAAAGUUACUGUUCUUCGACCAUGUCGGACUGAUGGAAUUCAAAGUAAUAAUAUUCCUGAGAUAAUCCAGACAGACCCCUGUCACUCACAACAGUCUGUGGCGGACUCUGUGUUUGACAGGCAAGGUAAAGAGGCAGCACCGUUUAUCCAGCCCUGCCUGGUCUCUGUACAUUUAAAGAGUGAUUGUAUCAGGCUGCCGGAUGGAGCAGCCCCCAGUGCCUCUUCUCGCCUCUCGGACUCGGGCAUCGAGAGUGAGCCCAGCUCCUUCACCACUCAGCUAGUUCCAGGACAGCAGACCUGUGCAGGGCUAGGCAUUGAUGAAUCAAGUGUUGCGGUUCCACCGCCCGAGAGGCCCCUUUUGAGUACUGCACCACUGCCUGCGAAGCAAAGCGUUGUGCAAAAGCCCAGUGGAGAAACUCUUUACCCAGAAAGUACCAGUGCUGUCAGUGGAGUCCAGUCCUCUCUCACGUCCAUCAACUCUUUGCCCUCAGAUGAUGACGGCGAAGGUUCCUCUGUGGGCUCCAGCGGAGCUGAGGUCCGAGGCAGGAAGUCCAGUGUGUUGGUGCAGGAGCAGAGUGUAGUCUUCUCUGGGGAUAUCACUAACAAGCCUGCCAUCGUUGCCGCCUGCUCGCCUGACACUGGUGCAGAUGAUUUCCAACUUACAAAACCUGUCUAUGACAUGGAAACGGAUCCCAAAUUCAUAGCUGUGUCUGAACUCGGACUAGAGGGAGCAGUCGGUUCUGGGACUGCAAAGGAGCCCCGCAGUGAACCCCAUACCGCCUGCCCCUCCAGUAACUCGGCCACCAGUAGCACUGACCUGGUAAAGCGCGGUAUGGUAGAGAACUACUUUGGCUCGUGCUCCAGCACCGACGCGUCUGAGAUCAGCCCUGUAGAAACGUCUGCUAUCACACUGGGAAUCCGGACCGGGUCCCCGGCUGAGCAGGACGAGGACGAGACGGAGCACGAGAUGAUCGAGAACGGUUACUACGAGGAAGGUGAUGGCUACGCGUUCGUGAACGGUGUCGCCGAAGACGAGCAGAGUGGGGUCGGGGACGCAGCCGCCAAGGGGGCAAGUCUUUUGUUCGAGCAGCUUGACAUCAGCUACCUGCAUGAAGCUCCCAUCUGCUCUAACCUGGCCUCCAGCAGUGCUGCAUGUAGCUUGGGAAGACCUCCCUGUCCCUCCACCUCCCUCUCCUCAAGCCUGCGAUGGUACGAAUGUGCACCCACACCACAGAUGAAAGCGUUCAUCAAGUCCAAAGAGGAAAUGAAGCAGCUCAGGCUGCCUGGUUUCCUGUACAGUGAGGUGCCUGAGCUGGCAUCCACUGUGCCAUAUUUCAGCUUGGAGGAAGAUGAGAGCUGCGAGGAAGGCAUCCAUCUCAUAGUCUGUGUCCACGGCUUGGACGGUAACAGUGCCGACCUGAGGCUGGUGAAGACUUACCUGGAGCUUGGUUUGCCUGGUGCUCGGAUAGACUUCCUAAUGUCUGAGAGGAACCAGAAUGACACCUUCGCUGACUUUGAGUCAAUGACCGACCGACUGCUGGAUGAAAUAAUCCAGUAUAUUCAGAUAUACAACCUCACUGUGUCCAAGAUAAGCUUUGUGGGUCAUUCCUUGGGGAACCUCAUAGUCCGCUCAGUGCUAAGCAGGCCCAGGUUUAAAUGUUACCUGAGCAGGCUGCACACCUUCCUCUCUCUCUCUGGACCACACCUGGGCACGCUGUACAACAGCUCUGCCCUGGUCAACACAGGCCUUUGGUUCAUGCAGAAGUGGAAAAAGUCUGGGUCACUCCUGCAGCUGACGUGCCGUGAUCACUCUGAUCCUCGCCAAACGUUCCUUUACAAGCUCAGCAAGAAAUCUGGUCUGCAAUUUUUCAAAAAUGUGGUGCUGGUGGGAUCACUGCAGGACCGUUACGUGCCGUACCAUUCUGCUAGAAUUGAAAUGUGCAAAACUGCGUUGAAGGACAAACAAACAGGUCCUGUGUAUGCUGAGAUGAUUGAGAACCUGCUGCUGCCAGUGCUCCAGAGCAAAGACUGUAAUCUAGUGCGAUUUGAUGUCAUUCAUGCCCUGCCCAACACAGCCAACUCCCUCAUCGGUCGGGCUGCCCACAUCGCCGUGCUCGAUUCUGAGAUCUUCCUGGAGAAGUUCUUCCUCGUCGCAGGCCUCAAGUUCUUUCAGUAGAACUGCGGAAGAAUCAAACCACAUGGCUGGACGGGAGGAAUGUGCAGCUAAUACCUCACUGCAUCUAAACCCUCAUUCUGUUAAUGGUAUCUGGAUUAUCCCUUUGUUUAUAAAAACGUAUACUUACUUUCAAAGAACUGAGCAAAAACACAACUUAACAUAUUUCAUGUUUAUAUUGGAAUCACAGCAGAAUUUUAUUUUUCUCCUGCCAUUUUUUUAACCAUAUUUUUUUGUUUAGAAAAUGAGUUCCCUCGUCACGUGCUGUACUGUCAGUGUUAUUUAUGCAUUAUGUUUUUGAUUUUAAGUAUUUUUUCUCCAAGUUAUUCAAUUACUUUUCGAUACUGAACUGGAAAUGUAGCUGCUACAAUAAUGAAACGGCUGUUUUGGUGAGCUGGCCCAUGUCAAGUCUGCACAUACUGUCUCACCAUUGCACCACGUAUUUUCCACGCAAUUUAAGAGACACUGCAUUGAUUUUGCACCACAACUACAUUUUAAAAGCUUUUGUACUGAAAAUGGUCAUUUGUACAAGUUACUUUUUUAUCAACAAAUUUUCUGUCAUUUUUAAAGGAAUAAGACUGCAUUUGAAAAUAGGAUUGUUGCUCGGACUUGGGGUUUGGUCUUAAUAUUUUAUGCUGUUCCUUGUCAUUGCAGCAUUCUGCACAUUUACCCAACCUGGUGUUGGGAGAAUAAAGCUUUGCUACGACAUAACAUUUUAUUACAGAGGUUUUAAGCAAUGAUCAUGAUUCAGAAAAAAGCACAGGUUGGUAAUAUGAACUUGUUUUAUUGAAAGUAUUUGGCUGGUAUCGUGGUGAUUAUACAUGUUUAGAACUGGAAAGUAUUGCUUGGAAUUAAAAAAAAAGAAAAGUUAAUUGGACAGUUGUUUAUACAUCAUCAUACUCUACCAUUAAAUAUGCAUAUUAUUCAGUCUCUUAUUUGAUUUUUCUUCCUAAAGUUAAUAUAGGACUUGAAGAGUUUAGUUUUAUUCGGUACAUAGAUUUUGGUGGUGUCCAUUUCUAAAUUAAAUUUAUUUUUAAACUAAUAUUUUCUCUUUUUUUGCAGUGAAACAAAUGGCCCUGCAGAUGGCAGUGUGCGUGAGAUGUAUUUUUUUUAAAAGACCUAUGUUGACUGUUUGUGUAAUGGUUAGUAUCUUUUGAAGUAUUUACACGUUCUACUAUUCCGGUUUAAAGUGCCAUAAUUAUCAAUGAUGCUUUCAAUACCUUGUGUUGGAAUAUUGUUUAGUAUAACUAUAAAACGCUGGCCUGUGCCUGGUCUCAGGAA